ACAGUGGUCCAGCGGUCACGGCUACAAUGCUCAGCAUCGCUCUCAUAUGGGGGCUCUUGGUCGGACUGUGCAGUUGCCUUUGGCUCGCUGUGGGUAUCCGCAAAAGGCACCCAGGCGAACCGCCGAUUGAAAAUGGCCUCAUUCCGUACCUGGGCUGCGCCCUGCAGUUCGGCGCGAACCCGCUGGAGUUUCUGCGCAGCAGACAGAAGAAGCACGGCCACAUAUUCACGUGCAAGAUCGCCGGCGAGUACGUGCACUUUCUGUGUGACCCGUUCUCCUACCACUCCGUCAUCCGCCAGGGCCGUCACUUCGACUGGAAAAAGUUUCACUUUGCCACUGCUACUAAGGCGUUCGGCCACGACAGCAUGGACCCCAGAUUCGGACACACCACGGAGAACCUGCACCAGACCUUCCUGAAGACGCUGCAGGGCGACGCGCUCCCCUCGCUCAUCCAGAACAUGAUGGAGAAUCUGCAGAACGUGCUGCUGCAGCCCGGCUCCGUCUCGGCGCAUGCGCGCGAAUGGCAGGUGGACGGCAUCUUCGCCUUCUGCUACAAGGUGAUGUUUGAGUCAGGCUACCUGACGCUCUUUGGCAAAGAGUUAAACCUUCAGGAGGACCAGAGGCAGGCCAGGCUGGAGGCGCAGAAGGCCUUGGUGCUCAACGCCCUGGAGAACUUCAAGGAGUUCGACAAGAUCUUCCCCGCCCUGGUGGCCGGGCUGCCCAUCCACGUGUUCAAGAGCGCCCACAGCGCCCGGGAGAAGCUGGCCAAGAACAUGACGGCCGAGGAGCUGAGCAAGCGGAAGAACAUGUCGGACCUGAUCUCGCUCCGGAUGGUGCUGAACGACACGCUGUCCACCUUCGACGACCGGAGCAAGGCUCAUACCCACGUGGCCCUGCUGUGGGCCUCGCAGGCCAACACCCUGCCCGCCACCUUCUGGACCCUCUUCUACUUGAUCAGGAGUCCCGAUGCCUUGAGAGCAGCCACUGAGGAGGUGGAGAAGGUUCUGGAAAGUACUGGCCAGAGACCCGACCCAAAAGGACCCCAUUUAACACUCACCAGGGAGCAGCUGGAUAACUUGCCGGUAUUAGACAGUAUCAUCAAGGAGGCCAUGAGGCUGUCGAGUGCCUCACUCAACAUCAGGGUGGCCAAGGAGAGCUUCCUGCUGCACCUCGACAACAAGGAGGCCUACCACAUCCGCAAGGACGACAUCAUCGCCCUGUACCCUCAGAUGCUUCACUUCGAUCCAGAGAUCUACGAAGACCCCCUGACCUACAGGUAUGACAGGUUCCUGGAUGAGAGCGGUCAGGAGAAGAGCAGCUUCUACAGGGAGGGCCGCAGACUCCGGUAUUACUACAUGCCCUUCGGGUCCGGCGUGACCAAGUGCCCCGGCCGGUUCUUCGCCGUCCACGAGAUCAAACAGUUCCUGCUGCUGCUCCUGGCCCACUUCCACAUGGAGCUGCUGGACCCUCAGGCCCGCGUGCCCCCUCUGGACCAGUCCCGGGCCGGCCUGGGCAUCCUGCAGCCCACCUACGACGUGGACUUCCGUUUCCGGCUCAAAGCCCGCCCGCAGGAGGGCCGGCCGCUAGCGUAGCGGUUAAGGCACACGACUGGGUCGGCGGUUCGAUUCCCCCGGCGUAGCCGCAAUACGAUCCGCACAGCCGUCGGGGAACCUUGAGCGAGGCCCCUUAACCCUGCACUGCUCCAGGGGAGGAUUGUCUAAUCUACUUAGUCUAAUCGCUUAGAUAAAUGACAGCCAUAAAUGACAUGCAAUGUAAAUGUAAUGUUAUGUUAUGGAAGGCACGCCGUCUCCGUUUUUGUCAUUGUAUGUUGAAUUCUGUAAAUACUGUAAAUACAUUUCUAUCCCAUGCGUGCUGCAAACUUACUGUACAUAGACUAAUAGUCUACAGGCUUUAGAAUUAUAUAUUUUUUUGUUUCAUGGUGGAAUGUUUCACAAAUAUUGUUUUUUAAUUUUUUUUAUUUAAGAAAUUUUAUAUAUAUAUAUGGCGGCUGCUGUUUCAGACAUUCAAAAUGUGACACUGAUGUGGCGUAUGGGGCUUGGGGGUUUAAAGAUGACAAACCAGUCAAUACUUCUGCCCUUAAUAAUGAACCCAAGCAUUUAUGCAACCUAAGAUUGAGCAAAACCUUUGACAAGCUCAAGGACUUACAACGGAACACUGUUCUUGUGCCUCUGAAUAAUGUGAUCGACUGUGAUCUAGUCUAGAAGUGAACCAGUGUUUUACGUACACAGCUAAUUAGCUAAUUGAGCAAGAAGUAAUAACAAGCACAUCCCCACCUCCCCUGUAGGGGGAGCUCUGGCUGGGGUGACAUUUGCUCAGGAGGUAAGAGCAGUCGUCUGGCAGUCGGAGGGUUUGCCGGUUUGAUCCCACCCCAAGACAGCUUACCACCAAUUGCUCCUGAUGAGCUUGUUGGUGCCUUGCAUGGCAGCCAGUCGCCGUUGGUGUAUGAGUGUGUGUGUGUGUGUGUGUGUGUGUGAAUGAGUGAAUGAGAAGCAUGAAUUGUACAGCGCUUUGGAUAAAGGCGCUAUAUAUGAAUCUAGACAUUUACCAUUUAGCACUGUUCUGCAUUGAAAUUGAUGUGUUUUGAAGAAUUUUUGUUUUUGUGUUAACUGUAUUUAACUGUUUGUAUUGUUUAUUGUUUUACUGAUAUGCCCAAUGAGACACACGGAGGCGUGGCUGCUUCAUAGACCCCUCCCCCAUUUGGCCCCUCCCCUGUGGGUGUAGUCAAUGUCCCUGACUUUACAAAAUAGAA